CUCUACUGAAGUUGUGAUUGUAACUGUACUUGUAAGCGCGCGCUUACACACACUUUAGUUCCAUCUGAUACGAUUCAUUCACAGCAUCAAGCCAGCUAAAACCAACUGAACUACCAUGGAGAUAGGCACAUUCAUAUUUAUAACAUUUAGAUCAUAGGGCAAGCUUCCUUGCCACCUGCAUCUGCACUUGCGUUGUGGGUAGAUUGAUUAGUCAUGUUAGUUGGGUCCUGGUCGUGAUCGAGUUCGUUCGUUCGCUUUCGUCUGAUGAGAGGUACGUUCUGAAGUUAAAACGCAAAUGGCCGACUCAACGCUAGAUGCUUGUUUGACCAGUUACGACUAUGUUUUCAAGCCCGACAUUUUACGCGGGAAGGUCGCCUUUAUCACAGGUGGUGGAUCGGGAAUUUGCUUCACCGUUGCAGAAGUAUUCAUGAGGCAUCAAUGUGACACAGUUAUUGCCAGCAGAAAUCUGAACAGGUUGAAAGAGGCAGCCAAGAGACUCGAGACUGCCACAGGACAGAGAUGUCUGCCCCUUCAAGUUGACGUCAGAAAGCCAGAGGAAGUGUUGCGAAGUGUUGACCAAGCUCUCAGUCACUAUGGGAGAAUCGAUGUCCUCAUCAAUGGAGCCGCUGGAAAUUUCCCGACUCCAGCCAGUAGACUCUCCUUCAACGGUUUCAAGACAGUUCUUGACAUUGAUGUCAUGGGAUCAUUCAACAUCUCCAAGGCUGUCUAUGACAAGUAUAUGAAGGAUCACGGAGGGGUUAUCAUCAACAUAUCUGCCACUUUGCCUUAUCGUGGCCAGCUUUUUCAGAUCCAUGUCAAUGCAGCAAAGGCAGCGAUUGACUCCAUGACUAUGACAUUGUGCAACGAGUGGGGCCCCCAAGGCAUCCGUGUGGUGGGCAUAGCCCCAGGACCGAUUGGUGAUACUGAGGGUCUGAGGAGGCUGGCUGGUGCGGGCAUGCUUGGUGAGGAGGUGCUGAAAAAAAUCCCCCUUCAGCGGAUCGGUACCAAACGUGAAGUUGGCGAUUGCGCUGUCUUUGCAGCCAGCCCUGCGGCCAGCUAUAUCUCGGGCAGCACUAUCGUGAUGGAUGGUGGACACUGGAUGACCUAUGACAAUAACUUCAGUUUCUACGCCAAACCAAAGGGCAAACUGUAGAAUGGACUUUGACAAGUGGUCAUGGAAUUGUCAUCUACUGGCGUAAGAGGUGACGUGGCAUAAAUGGCUAUUUUGUAAACAUUCUGUGGGCACACAAAUAAGAUUUCAGUCAUUUGAUGAUUUAAAAAUAAGUAGGAAGCAGUGAUUCCCCCAGUCUCCAGACACCUCAUCCAACUUGGGUGGGGUUCUUUAGGCCACACCCACCUCUCUCAUUACAUUUUAGUACUUAGAAGCGGUAGAUAAUAAUUUUAAUAGUUUGUUUGCAUUGAAUGGCCUUAAGCUAAAGCACAAUUUAAAAAAAAAAGACAGUAAAAUAGUUUUAAGGUUAACAUUUGAAAUUAAGGGUAACUCUGAAUCCGUGUAUAGUUGCCAAAAAGAAUGUGGCAUUAAAAUUAGACCGAAAUUCUUGCCAUUUCAAGAUGAAACUGGAAUAGUGAAAAAAGUUUCGAAAAUUAAAUUAUGUGUUGAUUUUUUGAUAUAUUGCGCUUAGGAGUAUUGAGAUUGCAUCAUUGAUGGAAGGCACCAUGGUCGCAAUUUUCAAGAAAUGAUUUUUUUAAAUAUUUGAUUAAGCGAUGUCCUUGUGACGGCGUAAACAAAACUGUUACAAUAAAGGAACUGUGAUGUUACAAAAU